AUGAGCUCAGCUCUAGAUCUUGAUGGCUCUUCCAAGGGCACCGUGCUCAACGGCCCUUGCGACUGGAAACAAUGGAUUUCUAUCAUCAAGAAAUUCGCCACGUCCCACAGUCUUUGGGACUUUCUGGACCCUGCCGUCAAGGAGGGUAAGCCGGUUCUUCAGCAGCCAGUUGAACCAACAUUCCGACAAAUCAACCACGAAGCAUCUGAUCUCGUGGAUCUGACCUCGGAGGAAUUUCGCCGUCUCGAAUUCCUCCACACCCAAUACCGCUCGAAGCUUCAAGGGUAUAGGGAUCAAGUGAAGGCACUCGCCAGCCUUCAACAACACAUCGUCAAGACCAUCGGCAACUACUACAGCACCAUUGCCGAGGAACACGACGUUGCAAAGCAACUUGCCUUGCUUCAGUCGCCAAACAGGACCAAGAUCGAAGCUUGGGUCACCCAAUGGCAGAAAGUCCUCACUGAGGCAAAGCAAUUAGGGCUUCCUGAUGUCCAGGACCUUCGCCCUACCCAAGAUUUCCUACAGGCUGUUUCGUCCAUCAACGCCCCAUUCACAGACUAUUGGGUCAACAAAAUGGAAGACGAGGCCGUAUUCGGCAAGCCUGAUUGGAAGACCGACUUCCCGGACGGCAUUAAGAUCAGUGAGAUCUUUGAACGAGCUCACCGAAUCAAGGCCGCCAACAACAGCAAAGGAUCAUUCGGAGCUGCCUUCCAAGGCAAGGGAGAGAAAUCGGAGAGGAAAGAGGACAAGCCUAAGUGGUCUUCAAGCAAGAACGCUGAUGGUGUUCCUAUCUCGGCCUGA